AUGGACGGCUCUGGGCUGAAGCUUAGCCAGGCCGAACAGGAGUUCGAUCGCUGGCUGAAUACUACUGUUGGAAGAAUGAUCCAAGAGUACAAGAAGGAGAGGUUGGUGGAGCGCUUUGUUCCUGCAACCUACUUUCCGAAGGUCCGAGCCCACAUCGAGAACACAACCCUUUACAAAGUCCUCCGGAAGAUGCCGAAGGGUGGGGCGCUGCAUGUGCACUUCUCCUCGGCGACGUCACUGGAAUGGAUCGUGGACAAGGGCCUUCUGCUUCCAGGUUGCCACGUCUACUGGCCAACAGACAUGGGCUUGGAGAAACCUUCGGCCGCGCCACCAGUUCCGAAAGGAAAGCUGGCUUUCUUCAACUCCUCGCAGGCCAUUCCAGCUGGGUAUCUCCCGGCACAGAAGCUUCUGCAACAAGCAGGUUUUAAGGCCGACUUGCUCAAGCUUCUGAUCAUCCGGGAAGAGGACGAAAUGCUGACUUCGCCGCAGAUUUGGAGCAAGUUUGCAGACGUCUUUGUUCGCAUUGGCGAUUUCUUCACGAAUAGGCUGGCUGUGGAGGAAUAUCUGCGCGCCACUCUUCAAGACUUCUUGGCCGACGGUGUUUCCCACGUGGAGCUCCGAAUUGACCUCUUCCAUGACAGCGGGCUCUACGAUCUUGAUGGUCGUGAGUACCAAGGAGCUGCCAAGAUGGACGUCUACACCCGAGUCAUCUCCGAGAUGCAGAAGUCAGCGCCGCACCUGACCUGCAAGAUGAUUGCCUCGAGCGUCCGGAUGAAGGCUCCCGAGGAGAUGGCGAAGGAUCUCGUCUUUGCCUUCGAGGCAGCAAGCGCCGUGCAAGUGAGCUCAGUGGCCUUCAAAGCCCCCUUGCGUGGUUACGCGUUGUGUGCGGAGGCGUAG